AUGGCUGGUCUUCAGCAGUACAACUUUUUUCCCACUGAUCUCUUCUACCCUCGUCCACAGCCACAGCAAUCUACUCCCAUUGUGCUUCCACUCCAAACACCAAACACUCAAGAUCAUUCUCAGAAUCAUCAACAACAACAAUCAUCUAGUACCAUGAUGAAACCCACCCCUUCAACUUCUUCUUUGAUUUGCACCCACAAGACACAGUCUUUUGAUGUUGUUGACAAUAGCAAAUCUAAAUUGUCACCAAACCCACUUUCUUUUAUGGUUUGGAUUGAUGAAGAAUAG